UUUAAUGGACAAAAUAGUUAUAUGUUUUGGAGACCAAACGCAGCAAGUUGAGGUUUAACCAUUCAUUUUUAAUUAUAUAUGUAUGCACCACCAUAAACCGUGUUUUGAGCUGGAAAUGAUAAAACAUCACCACCAUCACGUAUGAGCAAGCUAUAGAUACCACGUGUUACCUCUAACACUAACAUGGCGGACCAGGAAUCCGGCAUGACGCUGUGGCUGUUCUUCAGCAUUUCCAUAUGUGUGUUCGGCAACUCCUUCCUCUACGGUUACAACAUUGGCGCCGUCAACUCGCCUGCUCGACUUAUUAAGGCUUUCUACAGUCAAGUGUACCUGGCAAGGCAAGGAAUAGAGACGGUAUACAACCCGCUGGAAAAGUCUCUGUAUUAUACCGAAAAGUACUUCAAUACCACCAGGACAGAUUCAGAAGUUUCAACGGCAAGGGUGGCAACUCUGACUCCUGGUUUGCUCGAUAAUGCUAAUAUGACCACAACAAUACGACCUGCCCUUCUUGCCCGAAACGAAGAAGAGAUAGAAGCUGACAAUUUUAUCGAAAUCAUGUGGUCAUUAACGGUAGCCCUGUUCGUGUUUUUUGGAAUGAUUGGAGCCUUCUCCUCUGGUAGGAUUGCUGACUACUUCGGAAGAAAGAGGGGCAUGGUCUUGAUUACCUUCAUACAAAUCUUGGCCGGUAUUUUCGGAGGAAUUCCAACCUUUGCAAAGGCGCCAGAAUGCCUGAUGGUAUCUCGAGUACUCGUUGGACUGCAUAGUGGUAUUAACAUCAGCCUCGCGGCUCUCUACCUGGCAGAGAUAGCACCCACAAAAAUCAGAGGAGCGGUAGGCACAUGUCACCAGCUGUUUAUCACCGUCGGCAUCUUGUUUUCAAUGGUCCUUGGCCUUCCAGAGUUAGCUGGACGUUGGAGCACAUGGCCAAUCGUGUUUGCAUUUAACGCUGUACCUUCCAUUAUCUGUCUGAUAUUUUUCCCGUUUUGUCCGGAGAGCCCCAGAUUCCUGCUCAUAAAGAAGAACGACGAAGCAGGGGCCAGACAAGCACUGAAGAAAUUACGUGGCCACGACUUCAUCAAUGAUGAAAUGGAGGAGAUGCGUAUUGAAGCACGUAAGGCGAGUGCGGUAAAGAACUUCUCACUGAAGGAGCUGUUGACGACACCAGACCUGAAACUACCGGUCAUCAUCGCGUGCUUUCUGCAAGUGGCGCAGCAGUGGUCCGGAAUCAAUGCCGCGAUGUCCUACUCAAGUUUCAUUUUUUCCCAAGCCAACGUUCCCUCUGCAACGAUUCCAUACGUGAUUGUGGGCCAGGGAGCUAUAAACGUCAUAAGUUCUAUCUUUGCGGUACCAUUGAUGGAGAAGCUUGGGCGACGUCCGCUGCUAAUAUUCCCAAUGGGAGUCAUGGUGGUAUCCUUCAUAGUGCUGACAGUUUGUCUCAACCUGCUCCAGUUAGACGCUUUUUCGGAGCAAAAGAUGACGCUGGCCAUCGUAUGCAUCAUAGUUGUACACACGUAUGUGAUCGGAUUUGCACUAGGACUGGGCCCAAUUCCGUUCCUAAUAGGCGGUGAGAUCUUUCGACAAGCUCCUCGAGCGGCUGCUAUGAGCUUGUCCUUGGCAUUUAACUGGGUGUGCAACUUCAUCCUCAUGUUGACAUUCCGUUUCAUUCAGAAAGGUAUCGGUGCGUAUACGUACCUCAUCUUCAUAGUCAUCCUCGUCAUUGCGAUCAUCUUUAUUGUCAUAUUCGUGCCCGAAACCAAGAACAAGACCUUCGAUGAGAUUGCGCAAUCCAUCGCCUUUGGAAGGGCAUCAAGAUCCGGAGGUCUUGCCGUGCAACGCGACGAGGAGGAGAUGAAACCUAUGAGACGCAAAUCAAAGGAUUAAAUUAUUUUGUUUAGAAACACUAUUUUGAAAUUAAGAAUUAGGUUGUGCAUUCUUGUUGUGCAUUAUAUGGCAUUGCUUAGACAUAUUAUUUUGGCAUUCAGCAUACGAUUGUGCAUUGUAUAGCAAUGUUUAGACGCAUUUUUUAAAUUUCUAAAUUAGGUUGUGCAUUCUUGUUUUGCAGUGUAUAGAUUACGCUAUAUAAGUGACCACUUUAGAAAGCUUGGUCAUUAAUCAAGCUAAGUAUCUUCUUUUUAAAGGGACUUUUUCAAAGAAUUUGGCAUGUUUUGAAGUUUGUUAUUAAAUGCUUUAAAUUGAUAAAUGUUAACAUUGGAUAUAUAAAGCUCCAGUUAAAAAUCGAGAAUAAAUUUUUAAAAAGAAAGAAAAGGUAAACCUCAGCAGGGCUCGACUGGUUGCCUGCAAAGUGGAGGUGAAUAUAUGCAUCCCAAAAUUAAACAUUGAACAGGAUUAAAGCUUGUCGUUGAAAACAAUUAAGACAUGCAGUCCACGAAUUUUGAAUCAAAUGACUAUAUGCCAUUGUGUAUUUUCAUAAUGUUGGUAUUGUUACGUAUGCUUUAAUUUUGUGUUCCAUACCACUGGUUAGUUUUUAGAUCCGUGCACUUGUCAUUGUUAAAUAUCUAAUGGUAACAUAUGUGUCAAUGCGAGUAAUUUUACAUUGAACUUGAAACAUUUGUGUUUAAAAUACAACAAAAAAAGCAUUUUCGAAUUAACACAAGAAAUGUGUGUACGCCCCGUGGUUUUCGAAGGAUGAAUGUAGUUAUAAUUCAACAGGUUUUGUUCUUGCACAUCAAUCGCUGUACGGCUGUGUCCGGUGAGUUGGGUGAUGUGUGUGUGCUCGUCGGUGAAAAUGAGUGCGAACCCUUCGCUUCUUUUGUGUGUUGAUAGGCAUACAAUAAAUGAAUUAUUGCUAGUUACAUGUUUUUCUAUGCAAUCACCUGAAAAUCACAGAUAAACUAUCACAAGAUAGUUUCAUUCAGUUUUGGUAACAGUUGUGAUCUUUUAUCGUCGGAAUGUUAUCAAAAUAUUCUUAUUUUAUUUUUCCUCAGCUGAGUUAUUUCUAAUAAUGCGGCUCUUAUGAGAAGAAAUGAAAUAAAAUGCUGCAUAUUGAAUAUUAUAAUUUUCAUGACUUA